AUGGAACAGCUUCUGAAAAAGCUGGCCGAUUGUUGGCAUGAGUCCGCUGCUGGAGGCGACGUGGCUCGGCUGGAGCUCUACCAGGCUAUCACCGCGAAGGGGCUCGCUGGAGACGACGAGGAGUCUACAUCCAGAGCUUUCGAGCGGCAGCGAGGUGCCAUCCUGCGGGUCCUGGUGAGGGAUUGCCAGUCGUCCUGCGAUGACAUCCAGAAGUCUGCCCUUGAGCUGUUGGGUCACGUCGUCGCCAUGGCAUCGUCGUGUGAGGGACCCGCCUGUCAACCAAGCCAGGUAAAGCGUAAAGCGCUUGCUAUUGCAUGA